AUGGCGCAAGAUUGUUUCCAGGAUCUGGUUACCGUCGGCAAAGAUGAGACAAUAGACACCCGUCGGACUCUCCCCGUUGAGCUCUGGUUGAAGGUCAUAUCUGAAAUCGAGAGUCGGGAAGACCUCAUUUGCUUGUCAAGAACGCGCAGCAACUUUCGAGAGGCGACCAAGGACCUUGUCGCCGACUGGAUCGCGGUGAUCCGCACGGAAGAGGACGCUGACCAGCUUGCGACGCGGAUCCGUAGCGAUCCCAGGUUCGCGCAGAGGAUCCACGAGGUUUCCCUCUUGCCUCUUGAAGACAUCAGAUACACCUUUCCGCCCCCAGCUCAGAUGGAGCUCAUGCUCGACGUCGUUGUCCAACUUCCUGAACUAUUCACACUGCGACUCUUCGUUCAAGUUCCAGAACUAUUCAGAGAGCAAUCCUCCGUCCGAUGUGCUGCAUCGCUGGAGCUACUUUACAGGCGACACCUCCCUCGGUUGAGAUGCCUCGACGCACCCAUCUUCGAUUUGGCCCCUUUCUACGCGUUCCUCCAGCGUAAUCCCAAUAUCGAAGAGCUGCAGGUACCGCACGACAGCCUCGGGUCCGUUUCCUUACCCGCGAGCCUGCCAUCACUCCGCUUCUUGACCUGCCAAUUCCCCGUGCUAGUCGGAUUGACCACAAGCAUCCGAGAGUCGCGAUUCCAUCCCCGAGUCACAAUCUGGGACACUCUCCGUCCUUCUGAUCCACGCACAUUACGCGGGUCCCUAACCCACCUCCACCUCACGGGGUCACUGCACUACACCUUUGAGGAGGUCCUUAACAAGCUCGGAGCAAACCUCGUCAGCCUCCGCAUGGCGGAGCUGACCCCGGCCCGGUUCCUGAGCGGAGAGGCGUUCCCGUCCACCCUCAUCCUCCUACACGCGCCCCGCCUCCGGUACCUGGAGCUGGAGUUCUUCAAGGGCGGGUUCACGACCGCACGCAUCUGGCCACCCAAAAACCACCACGAGGGGCCCAGGGACCACAACCGCGCUUCGUUCCCGGCGCGCACGGCGGGCGAGCCCCUCACGCUCGCCUGGUGCCUCUCUAACAAGGUCUCGGGUGCGCCGCUCGACUCUGGUGAUCUCCUCCGGUUCCGCCAGAGGUGCAAGGAGCUCGCGCUCUCGGUGUUGCGGAGCGCGGCGCCGCACGUCGGGUGCAUCUUGUAUGGACACAAGGUGCUGACGGAGAAGGCGACGUUAGGCAAGUGCGGGCGACGGCUGGUGAAUGAGCGGCUUACGUACGUGCGGAGGGAUCAUUGGAGGACGGUUUGA